CCCCAGCUCUUUAAAUUGUCCUUAAAUAAUGAUUAUUAUAUUAACUGGGUUAAUCUCUAGUUCAUACUGAGAUUAGUAUGCUCUGCGUCUGCCUAGCUGGUCUAGGAUCUCUCGCAUCAGAAAAUGUGGUAUGUACUGAAGGUUGAUUUCAAGUGAUGAUGUUAUUUCACUGUCAACGCUUUCUGUUGUUAACAUAACAGGAAUUCCGUUUUAGGCGAGAAGGCCGUGGUGGAAAUUUAUACUUUGUUAACACAAAAAGAAAGCUGGCCUUACCUUCUUUUCUAAUAUACAGUCAACAUAAUAGUCUAUUUUAAAAUGGCAAAAGAUACUGUUUCAAAAAUCUCUGUUGAUAAUACCCCUUCUUCUAGUUCUUAUUUUCGUCUUAUGUUUUCAAAACAAGAUUACCCAUUUGAAAUAACUUAUACCCCUGAAAAAUUUUCAGAAACCAAUUCUUAGUUGAUAACCCUUAUCAUGUCUAUGAUAAAUCUAGUUUAAAUUGGACCAAAAAAAUCAAAAAGUUGUGUGGAAAAAAGAACCCUGAAGCUAUAAAAGAAUAUGUUCAAGCCUUUUCUUUUGACCAACACCAAAUACCUGCUACCCAAUCUGAACAAUAUGUUACCUUAACCUUACCUAGUAACCUAUUCUCCCAAUGGCUUAGAGAUGGUUAUACCCACAUCCAUUUUGGCGCCAUAAAGCUAGCCCUGACUUUUCAUGGAAGAAAAAGUAUGGAAGCAGUUUUUCAAAUUGCUUUGUUGGAUUCUAGGUUUUUAGAAUACCAGCAUGCAUGCAUUGGAACUGUACAAACAACCAUGAACGCAUGAACCAUAUUUGCUACCUUCUUCCCAAACUUUAAUAUCCCUAUCAAAGACCCUCAUUUGAAUUCAGCUUUUAAAGUCCAGUUGCAAAUUACAGGCACCAAACAGAUUGAAACAGCCACUCUAGCUACACUCCAUUAUCAAAUGGUGUAUAGACUACAAAACCAUGCUUUUGAUAUAGUUACCCCUUUUUCCCCAGAACAAGAAAGCACAGUAAUGUUUAUUAAAGUUGAUAACAAUUCCCAACCUGUCUAUUAUUAUAUUCCUAGACAAAUCUCUCAAGAAAGGUCGCUUGAAUUAGUUCCAUCUACAUGAGUGACAAAUUAUAAAACUCUUCAAAAUCAAUGUCAGUCGUUGAUGCAAUCAUAUUCUAGAAUGACUAGAAUGCCAGAUGAAGUUGUGCAGAUAAAUUUUCAAAAUCAAAUACUAGCUGAGAACCAGACGAGAAAUAUUUCCAACUCAAUUUCAUGGAUUGCUUGAAAAAGUUCCUGUUGUUGCUUUUGAUAAAACAGGAAAGCCAGUUUAUGAACAAAAAACUUUUGAUGGCCAUAACUGGUUUGAUUCUUGUGAAUGCUCCACUUGUCUUUAAGAAGUUUUAGAUUAUUUUCCAAAAAGAAAAAGAACAAAGAAAAAAUCAUCACGACAAAAUCGUCAUCAAAGAUAUAUGGAGGGUGAUCCAUCUGUUGGUUUGCUUGGAGAAAGUUCAGGAAAGUAGGAUUACUAUGUGACAUAUGGUUGUUCAAAUAAAAAAUCCAAAUUCCCUGUUGCAGAAAUAGUUCCUUAUGGAUGGGAUGAUCCAGAAGAUAAAUCUUUAGCUGUUGAUCCACAAAGUUAAAAUUAUACCUCAAAUUUUCCUCCUUUACAUGAUUUUGAGAGACAAGAAAAUGAAAAGCAUGUAUGGAAAAUUAAGAAUCCCAAUGUAAUAGACAACACUGGUUUACAAAAGUCCAUUUCUCCAGCCGAAGCUAGUUUAAAUUGGCAAGCUGAGAAUGCCAAAUCUCAGAAUUUAGCACUACUUCGGAUAGAAGAAAAGCAAAAUGCAAUGUCUACCUAGAUGCAAGGAUUAUCAGAUAUUAUAGUUCAAUUAAAAGAAAGAAUUCAACUGUUGCAUGAAGAAUUGAUGCAUAUCUUGUAUACAGUAAAAGAUAUCAAUGAGCAAUCUUAUUUGUUAGUUCAAAAAGGACAAGAGAAUGCCUCCUUGGAAAAACAACUUCAAAGCCUUGAAAAAGACCUUUGGAAAUCGCAAUAUGAAUCUCAAUAUCUUCAGUAUCAAUACCAAUCCCAAUACCAACCCUUGUUACCAAUUCCACAUACCCAGGCUUAUCCAACUUUAAAAAAUCCAGACUCUUUUCCUCCCACGAGAACUCUUUACCCAGCCACUGGUCUCAUUCCUCCUAGAAAUUAUGGUUUCAGACCAUUAAGGACAUUUGAGCAGGAAAGACAAUUUCUCGAAGCAAUGUUUUUUCCCCAAUUGAGAAAAAAACCAAAUAUGCACACCCCAUCUUCAUCUCAAUGUUCAAUUUCUAGUCCCCAGACAACUCCACCACCAAUCACUGUCCAUCCUUCCACUGGUUCCCAAAUACCAAAACAAGAAACCCAAAUGUUUCAAAAUUUUGACACUGAAUCAGACGUUGUGGCUUCUUCUGUUCCGGCUCAGAUGAAUAUUCCUUCUAGACCGUUAAAUGAUAUGAGUUCUUUUCUUAAGAACUUAACAAAAGAGCCUGAAGUUAAUCUUCAAAAUGAAACCCAGUCCUCAGAUGAUAUGACUGAUACAUCUGAAACAUUUAUUGAAGAUACAUCUUCUUCUAGUAUGGAUUCUGAAUCCUUAUUGAUGAUGAAUCCUUCAGAACAGCCAUCUGAACCUGACCCUUUAAUAGAAGAAAAUCUCAGACCACCUAACCACCAAGAACCUCAACGGAUCCCCACAUAUGGUGACUCCUCCAAAGGCUUUACAAUUGAUGACAUUCCACCAUCUUGAUGGAAUGACAGAUUUAGAGAAAUCCAAGGAUGGAUGCAUUAUGAAAUGCUAAAUCCGGCUAAUUCUUUAACUGGUACAAUUUCUAAAGUCAUUGUUAGAUUAAGAGGAAGACUUUUUAAUUAGUACAUAAGUCUUGGAGAAUACAAGUAAAUACAGUUGCGAAAUAGUGAGUCCAUUAUUGAAUUUCUUAAUUAUCUUGUUGCAGAAUUCUCAGGCCUAGUGAAACAUGAACAAAUCGUUGCAAGAGAAGAAUUUUUUCAACUCAAAUGUUGUUCAUUCAAGAGACAAGAUCUUGAAAAAUGCUUUUCAAAAAUGAAUAAGAGGUACCAUAAGAUAGGAGGAAUUGAUGACGUUAACUUAAAACAAUUUUAUCUUGAAUCAGUACCUCGGACUCUUGGCAAAGAAGCUACAAAGACUAUGGAAAAUCAGGGGCUUACUAUUCAAAACACCAGUUUUGGUGAAUUAUAUUGAUAUGUUCUCCAUGCCUUAAAAAGACUGUGCAACCAAGUUGAAUUUGUCAAAGAGAUGGAAAACAAUAAGCAUCUAUUGGGAAAAUCUUAUGAUGAACCAUAUCUCAAGAUCAAAUGUAGUUCAGAGAAACAAUGUGCUUGUCCACCAAAUUGGAAAAAUGACAAAUACCUCAAAUAGGUAUCGCUUUAUCAGUCGCUCUAGAGCGACAAGUGGCCUUAUCUUGAACAGUAGAGUGACAGGUGGCCUUGUCUUGAACAGUAGAGUGACAGGUGGCCUUAUCUUGAACAGUAGAGUGACAAGUGACUUUCUAAUCUAUGUCAUAGUCAAGGGGCAAUCCAUUCGAAUCAUAACUUGGUGAUGAAUGGUUGGAUGGACUAUGUGAGGGGCCCGUAUAAGAAUCAUCACUGGAGCUAUCAAUUGGUCCUUCAGGUGGUGGAGGAUGGUCAGCAAGCCAUAUAUGUAAUUGGUGUAGAAGGGCAGCACUUCGGGGAGUGUCAUCAUUCCAUAUUGUUGUUCCUGCAUAGACAUCCAAAGGAAUCCAUUCUGGCUGGAUUCUAUUAAUGUAGCACAUUGAGAAUUUUUAGCUCUUUCCAUAGCUCAGUUUGAAAUAACCAAAAAUUCAGGAGAUUAGAAUCAUACCAUCCAAUGGUUUGGAUAUGGGGGUGUUGGGUGAUGACAGUAUGUUCAGAAUAUAUCUGGGAUUGAAGGUCUAGGUGGAAGGCUAUAAUAACAUAUGGUCUGUGAUAAUAAUCAAAGGAAUCAAUCCAUUAAUUAUAAUGGUAAUGCUUUAAUAAGAACUUGUAAAAGUUAAAAGCUCUGGGGUUGGGAUGGACAUAAUUAUUCAAUUGUAGAAAAUGACAAUGUCUGAGAUAGGAUAAUAAUUUUCUCACAUGAAAAUUAAACAGAUAUGGUGGUUUUGGGUGAUAUACCAUAGAAAACAAAAGGCUUCUUUAGGCAUAUUAUAAUAGUGUCUGGUUUGGAAUAAGGAUAAAAAAAGAUAUGUAGGAUGGCAUCGAAUUCUUUGAAAACACUCUCCAUGAUUUCUGAUUAAUAUUUCAUGCAUUAUUUG